UCGAGGUGAAGCCGUUGGAUUCCAAUAAACCGUCUUGCAUAAAUUUUAACGUUCGUGCCGCAUAAUUGGAGUAGAUCAUUUAAGAAACUUAUUUGAAUAAAGUGAUUGUGUUGAAAUGAUUACGAAUUGCUUGCUCCAUGACAAUUGUGUAGCGAUCUCUUAGUGGGGAAGACAUGGCGUCGCCUUUGGCCCGACAGAUAUGGACUGUAUCAGGGGUGUUCACAAAUAUGUUAGUGCAAGGCAUGGUACUGAGUUUCCCUUCAUGCCUCUUGCCAGGAUUACGGGAGACUGAUUCACCAAUAAAAGCUGAUCUGGCAACUGCUUCUUGGUUAGCGUCAUCUGUAGGCCUAUCAAGUAUGCUAGGUUUCCUGAUAUCUUCAUAUCUAAUGGAUCGUUGCGGUCGGAGAAUUUCUCAUCUCCUGGUGAUCCUACCAGGAAUCUCUGCUUGGCUUUUCAUAUAUUUCGCCCACAAUGUACUAACUUUGAUGUUAGGAAGAAUUCUAGCAGGGAUCACUGCUGGUGCAACUGUUACUUUGGGAGCUAUCGUUAUUGGAGAAUACACCAGUCCUGAAUACAGAGGAAUGUUCUUAAAUCUUAAAUCGGCAUCAGUGUGUUUGGGGAAUAUGGUUGUACAUAUUUUGCACAAUUUUUUCAAUUGGAAAACAAUAGCCAUAUUUGGUUUAAUACCGCAGAUAUUUGCUUUCUUAAUAAUUUAUACUUGGCCAGAGAGUCCUGCUUGGUUGGCGUCCAAAGGGCAAUUCCAGAAGGCAAAAGAAACAUUUUUCUGGUUGAGAGGAUCUAGCGAAAGAGAAAAGUUAGAACUAUCAGAAUUAUUUAAAAAGCAAGAAGCAAGUCUUUUGAAAUUCGGAGUAGAGUCGACCCUCAUGAAUUCUCUAAAGGUGAUAUUAAAGAAAUUCACGAGAAAAGAUUUCAUUAAACCAAUCACAAUUAUUGUAUUCACUGGUAUCUUGUCAGAAGCUUGUGGCAGACACUUCUUUCCAGCAUAUGCUACACAAAUUAUUGACGAUAUCACCGGUGAUAAGACACAGUCAUUCUAUUACACGUUGUCUAUAGAUUUGAUCAUAAUAUCUAGUAUUAUACUUUCAUCAAUUUUAGUUAAAGUCAUCAAUUUAAGAACUUUAUUAUUCACUACGGGCGUCCCAGCUCUUGCAGUGUUAACAAGUGUUUGCGUUUAUUUAUUAUUAACAUUUUUAGAUGUAAUAUCUAAAGAACGACAGUGGAUACCACUUUCAAUGAUUGUAAUAUUUUUCAUAUUAGUCAAUUUGUGUUGUACACCAAUACCUUACCUUAUAUUGGGAGAAAUUUUACCAUUAAGCCAUAGAAGUAUUGGAUCAUCAUUGUCUGGACUUAUUUUGUCUUUGUUUCUAAUGAUAGCAUUAAAAAUCACACCUUAUCUAUUGGAAAACAUCAAUGUACAUGGCACAUUUACUGUUUAUGGUGGUUUUGUAGCCGUAUCGUUACUAUUACUGUAUUUUAUGUUACCUGAAACUAAAAAUAAGACGUUGGUCGAAAUAGAAGAUUAUUUCAAUAAUGGAAAAUAUCAUAGUUACGACGAAACUGAUAAAGAUAUUAAAAGAAGAAUGCUUAUAUGAUGCUGAAUAUUGAAAAGUAAAUACUAAGUUUUAGGAAAAUAUUUGUCGAAAACUCAUAUCUAGAAAAACAGAGUAAUCUUAUUUUGUAAUCUAGUUUUAGUACUUUCAGUUAAUGUGUGUGUUUUAAUUUUUAUUUACUUGAUAUAUGUAUGUUAGUUAUUUUCAUAUACAGAAUGUUAUUUACGGAGGACAAUUAGCAAGAAACUUAAACUUCUGUAGUUUUUAGGCUUAAAAUUUUUUUCUUGUUAAA